CCCGGCAGCCAGGCCGCGGCUCCCUCCCUCCCGGCUGCGCUCGCUCUGCUCCGCCCGGCAGCGGGGCCGGCCCGUGGCGAGGCGAGGCGAGGCGGCGCCGGGACUCUGCCCAGCCCGGAGCGGGAGCGGAGCUCGGGUUCGGGUCCGGAUCCCGCCGCCCGGCCAGCAGCGCUCCCCGGGCCGCCCCCGGGCCGCGGUGAGGGGCGAGCUCCGGGCCGGGACAAAGGGCCAUGGCCGAGCGGGCCGCUGCCCAGGAUCAGGAGUGGGAGAUGGAGUCCCAGCAGUGGACACCUUUCCAGCCCUCUACUGUUCCUCAACAAACUUCUGCUAAAGAGACAAAGCCAAACUCUGCAGAGAUUUCGCUGUGGACUGUUCUAGCUGCAAUUCAAGCAGUGGAAAAGAAGGUGGAUUCUCAUGCCACGCGGUUACUGAACCUGGAGCGUAGAACAGUGACAACAGAAAAGAAAUAUUUUGACUGUGAGAAAACGGUAGUGGAUUUUGGGAACCAAAUGGAGAGUAAGUGGGCGGCGCUGGGAACUCUGAUCCAGGAGUACGGGCUGCUGCAGAGGAGGCUGGAGAACAUGGAGAACCUGCUGAAGAACAGGAACUUCUGGAUCCUGAGACUCCCCCCAGGCACGAAGGGGGAAAUCCCCAAGGUCCCGGUGGCAUUUGAAAACGACUCUGUUUACUUCUCUGAGCAAGAAUGGCAGAACUUAGACGAAUGGCAGAAAGAGCUUUACAAGAACGUGAUGAAGGGGAACUAUGAGUCUCUGAUCUCGCUGGACUAUGCACUCUCCAAACCUGACCUUCUGGCGCGGAUUGAACGAGGGGAAGCGCCCUGCGAGGGGGAGGAGGGAGACGUAGAGGAGAGCGAAAUUCCUGCAGAGCCCAGCACAGAAUCACUGGUGUAUACACCGGACGCGACCUGCCAGAGUGAAGGCGAGGAAGAGCCGUGCACCAAGGGACAGGAGAACUCGGAGGAAAGAGAGAUCCCGGCUGAACCCCCAGUCGAGUGUGCGUUUUCCGAGCCAAGCUGUGUGUCCCGGGUAAAGCGAGAGGAGGAGCAGGGGCCCUCGGAGGAAGUGGACAUAUUCUCAGAGCCCAGCACUGCAGAUAAUGGAAUCAUGUUCCAAACUGAGCUGCUGGAGCAUGGGGAACGUCUCAAACACUUGCAGCUGCGAAGGACAUUCUCUGGACUGUCUGAAGAAACUGUGUUCCGGACUCCCAGGGAGGGAAGGCCUUUGGAUAGUCCAGACAGCUCAAUAAUGCAGCCAAGGAACCAUGUCAAGGACAGGCCGGUAGAGUCAGUGCCCGGGGAAGAAAGCUUCAGGGAAAGCAACGCUGUGACUUUUUACCGGCGAAGCUGCCCAGGUGAGAGACCACACGUGUGUGCUGAGUGUGGGAAAGGCUUUCGGCUGAAGAAGAGCCUCACGAUGCACCAGAGAAGUCACACGAAGCUGGGAUGCUAUGAACCUGCAACGUGUGAGAGAAGCUUUGUGUACAAGCAGCACUUGACGAUGCACCAGAGAAUCCACACUGGAGGGGCCACUUACAGCUCUGUGGAGUGUGAGGAAAGCUUCAAACAGAAUCACCACCUGAAAUCCCACCCCAGAAUCCAGACAGCGGACAAGCCGUACAGUGCCACUAAAUGCACGAAAAGCUUCAACGUCAAAUCACCUUACAGGCAGCACCAGAAAAGCCACGUGCGAGAGAGACCCUAUAAGUGUAAUAAGUGCCAGGAGUGCUUCUCUCAGAAGAAAAGCCUCAUCACGCAUCAGAGAAUGCACACGGGAAGGAGUGGAGGGUCGUUAAUGUGCACGUACUGCGGGAAGAACUUCAGUCACCCCUCGGAUCUGAUUCGACACCAGAGGAUCCACACGGGGGAGAGACCCUACCAAUGCACUGAGUGCACAAAAAGCUUUACGCAAAAGCAGCAUCUGCUCCAGCACCAAAAAAUCCACACCCGCGAGAGGAAUCGUCUAAACGUGCAGAACAUGAGAGACGCUUUGCUAGACAACAUCUUCUUCUAGCUCACCCAGGGCCCACUCAGUGCUAUGGCCCUGUACUGUCGCCAUGUGCUCAUUGGUGCAGACAAUUUAUCGCCAAAGGAGGCACACUGUAGGGUAGGGGCCACACAAACUUCUUGCUGGAGUGGUGGUGUGUUGCGGUAUCUCGCAGCUCACUUUUAAUGUGAAAUGCUCCAAGUUUUAAAACAAGUGACUUGAAUCACUUAAUUGAAGUGAUAACUAAAUAUGUUUCUUGGGAAUGUCUGCUAUUUGUCUGGAAUUGGCAAUAUGCAAGCUACUCCCCUCGAUAUCCUGCAGCAGUCAGUUCCAUAAGUUAGUCACAUGUCGUACAUGCCCCAAACGGUCUACAGGUUACUAAAAGUAUACACACACACGGGGCACUGAGUGAUACCCUUGCUGACUGUCUCUGGGCAGAUGCCAGGGAAUGGGAGUUGGUUGCUAGGGGUAGGGCAGUGAUGAGGCAUAUGAACAGGGCAGACAGAGGAAGUUUGCUCUGCAGCUGCCAAGUUCCCUGGAACUAUCCAUCCAACUCCUUCUCUAGCACUGAAACUGACUUCUCAUAUGCUGUCAGUUGGGCCAAAUUCUUUCUAAAUGACACUGUAAAUCUGGGGGAACCCACUGAAGACUCUGGAGUAAUUCCAGACUUAUGCUGCAGUAGUUGUGAUCAGAAUUUGGUCCAAGACUCAUCGCACGUGAGUACAUCUGCAGGCGAGAGCGCAUUCGCAAGGUUUCCUUUUAUACCUCUGUUUAAGACACAAACAAUGCAAUUGAAUAGAAAAACAAAUUGUUAGCAGGAGACAGUACUUUCACUACACUCAAACGCUUGCUGAAUUUCAUAUUGCAGUGAAUUACUGUCUUGAUUGCCCUCUUUUUCCUGGUAGCUGUAUCAUAAUAUUUCUGUUUAUUUAUUAUCUGGUCAGUAUUUUUCCUGUCUGCACAGUAUUUUGUUUGUUUCCUUUCUGUGCAGCUCAUGGUGUAUCUGCUUCUCUUAUUCUCCUCUCAGUUCUUUUACUCUCAUUUUUGGGAAUCAGGGCUUGCCAUACUCCGGGACUGUUAAACUCACACAGCUUGGUAACAUUUAUUUAUUUGGUACAUUGUCUAAAUGUUUAGAUCUCAGCUACACUGGGGCGAAAACUGCCACCUGAAGUGGUUUGAAACCUGUUUUAGUUGGUCACAUCAUAUUAAUCCAGGGUUAGAAACUAUAUUGUCCUCUCCUGGGUUCCAGUUUGGGCCUGUACCUGGUGUCUGGUUGUUAGGACUAUGGCCCCUCAGGGAGGGGCAGAGCUGUUCCACUGACUCAGUCUGGCAGUCAGACCCGGGUGGGUCUCAUUAGCUCCAUUUGGGAACAUCAAAGGCUGUGGGCCUUUAAGGAAGAGAGAGCUAAAGGGGGACCUGCAGGGAGAAGCCUUAAUACAGUUUCGCAGGAGAGAGAUUGGCUGGUGAUUGACUUUGGGGGCUGGGCUAAGGUCUUUGUUUCAGUACAGUCCUGCCGUAAGGUCUUGUUCGGUCAUUUAAAUAAAGGCAAACUCCAGAAGGGCGCUGAAUUUGGACAGUAACCAUUAUGGGAGCAUGGAGUGGGGACUGUAGCCAUUUACAGGGCCUUUUCCCCACUCCCUACCUAACCCGAUUUGGGCCCAUCGGCACUCCCGAGCCAAGCUGGGUUUAAACCCAAUGAACCUGAGUAGAGUUUUUUUUAAAACCAGUUCAUGACUGUUUUAGUCCUUGUGCAGCUGGGAGUUCGUAUUUAAUAUACUGUGUUGGAUUUUUAGUUGAGAAGUUUAUUUUUCCCAGCAUUGGUGAGUUCUUUGAUUUCCCAGUGGCUCUGAGGGUUGUGAUCAGGUCUCUUGUUGGUCUCUGUGUGUAUAUUCAUUUUUCCAAGUGUACUAAUCCAUGAGCACCUCAGGCUUCACCUGUGCCAAAUUGCUGCACACCAUGGCCAUCCUGACCCACCCGAGGGCAGCAGGGCUACAGCCCAGAUCUUCCAGAAACACAGGGUCCUGCCACAUGUGCAAAAGGAGAAUCUCUCUUCGCAUUUAGCAACAGAGGGCCUGUGGUAGGUGGAGGAACACUCCUGAUUUUGUCCAGUACGCGUAUACUAGCCAGUUCUUCAGUGUCUGUUUUUUUAAUUACUUCACUUAACCCCCUUAUUUCCCUUUUAAACUUGUACUGUUUAGACUGUGAGCCCUCCUGGGCAGGGAACCUGUCUCUGUCUCUAAGUGCCGGGUAAAUUGACGGCAGUA